AUGGGGGCGCGGGGAGGCGGGGCGGCCGUUGCGGCCUGCGCGAGGGCAACGGACCGGACUCGCCUGAGGGCGGCCCCGCGCGGGGCCCGCGGCCCGAGAGCCAUGGAGCCCAGCGUGGUGUUCCGAGGCGGCAGCCGCUGCUGGGGCAGCGCGGAAUCCGGCGGGAGGCCCACGGACGUGUUCGGCGCCGGAAUGCCGGGCUCAGGCUCGCUCUAUGGCUGCUACAAAUCACAGAAUGAAGAAAAUGUGGAGUUACCUCAGACCUACAGCUCUUCCCUUUCAACAUCAGAGUACUCUGCACCCAUGGACCCUUCCCUCCUGUACCCCCCCUGGUCUACGUGUGCAGAUGACAGCAAGCAGCCUGCUGCUCCUCAGAUUAACCUGAAGCCCAGGAUUCAGCCCGAAAGGAACGAUUAUGGCAGUGAAACAGAUUUAUAUGGACUCGUGUCAAACAUCCUGGAAGAACAAGACAAACCACAGCCGUGCUUUGCUGAGGGGAGUUGCCCUCCCACCUUGAAGUCCCUCUGGCCAGUGAAUGCGAGCAGAAUGGAGCACCACGAGCUGCUGCCAGAAGGCAGGCGUGCUGGAGCUGUCCCCCAGCAGGGCUUCUACAGCAGCGAGGCUGUCCCUGCUGCUGACAAGCAGUUCCUGGCCAGCGCCCCCCUGGUGUCCCAGCAGAAAGCAGACGAUUGUUACCGCGGCUUCGCCGGCGUGGAGCUGGAGGAGCAGAGCCUGUACCCUGCCAGGGCUGAGCGUGCCAGCAUGCAGAGUAACGAGGCUGUGAAGGCAACUCCUGUGUAUCAGAACUACCCCUACCUGAAAAACACCUUUGCACCCCAGGCUGGGUACCCAGAAGCAAUCAAAGACUCGGGAGCUGAUGCUUAUUCUUACGGAAGAGAGAAGGUGUGUCCCAAGGGAGCAGAUGCACAGGUGCACCCAAAGCGGGCAGAAACAUUCCUUCCCCAGUGUCACAGGUACAGUGAAAGCACAGAUUAUGGCAGAUACACUGAAUAUUCUCAUGCUGGUAAGGCAAAGCCCAACAAGAGCACCAGUUGUAGCCUCCAAGAAAGUAGAAAGGUGGUAAAUGGAACCCCCGAGGCACCAUCUCUGGAUGCAGAGCCUUAUGCUAAAUUAUUUCAAGUUAAAUCAGGAACUCAGAAAAAAUUUGAAGAUAUGAUUUCAGAUCAGCAUGACUUUACAUUUCCCAAGUCUGUAGGACUUGUAUCAGAAAAACAAUUUGCAAACGAGCCUUCCUUCAGCACUGAUUUUGGGCAGAAAAUUGAAUAUGGACUAAAGUCUUUUGCAGCUUGUCCAGGGAAUAAUGGUGUGGAAAAGCAGCAGUUUUCCAAGGCCGAUCUUCAGAAUCCUGAAUUCUAUAAAUCACUCUCACUGUUGCCCAAUGCAGCAGUGCCUUCAGCAGGCUCCAGUGCGAGGCCAGCGUGGAUGAACAUCCAAACCAAACCCGCUGCUUCCGGCCCCUUCCAGAAUCCAAGUCCUUUGUUGAAGGUGAAUAAUCAGUCACCUGCGUUUCCAAAAAGUUCCAGUCAUUCUAAUGAUGUUUUUCAGUUGCCAUCUUCAAAUUUGCCCUUAAACUGUAAUUUACUUCACAAGCACUAUCAAGACAACCCGUUUCUCUCCGGCCUCGACUUGGGUUACAGCGCUGCGGAACGAGCGCGGGCGGCUGCGUGCGUGGAAGCCCUGGUUAGGGGUGGGGAAGAGAACCUCAUCGAGUACCUCAGCGAGAAGAAGCUGAAGCAGCCGAAUGGAUUCUGUGACAGUUACUUGGCUCAGCAGUUUGGGAUCAUUGACAACCUGAACAAACAGCGUUUCCAGCUGAAGCCGCAGAGCGAGCACUGUGACCUGGAAGGCCAGAACCAGGCGGAUGGGGUGUUGCAGGACAUGUACCAAGAGCUACUGGAGUCUCAGGGGCAGCUCCAUCUCAGGGCAGGGAGCGGGGACAGCGGUGCCAUCAGUGCUGGCAGCAGCCUGCAGGCUCCAGGCAUUCCCAACUGCGUGGUGGGAGACUUCAGGCGGAACCGGCAGCUGGGAUCGGGCGCGUUCCCCGUGAGAUCCGCUCACCUGCUGGGCCGUUCCGUGGUGCCUCUGGUGGAGCCUCCCACCUUGUUCUCCCAGGAUGACCUCAAACGCCUGUACCCUUUCACAGACAAGAUGUACAGUGACAGUGCUCUCUCUGGUUUCGUGUCAGCAUUCGGCUUUCAGAAGCAAGUGAAGAGCCGCAGUGGCCCGGCCAGCGAGCUGCACGUGAGGCUGGAGGAGUGCUAUGAGCAGUGGAGAGCUUUGGAGAAGGAAAGGAAGAAGACUGAAUCAGCUCUUGCUAAGAAUUUCCAAGGGAAAAAGGUUUCCAGUACUAACAACAUUCCAAUUCCAAGGCUGACAUCAAAUCCAUCAAGAGUCGAUCGCUUAAUUGUGGAUCAGCUACGGGAACAAGCCAGAGUUGUGACCCUGCUGGGGAAGAUGGAGCGGCUCCGCAGUUCCCCCCUCCAUGCCAACAUCUCCACUGCUCUGGACAAACACCUGGAGUCCAUCCACGUGGUGCAGGCACGGAGGAAGGAUGAGAUUGUGAACCCUUCCAACCGGCAGCGGCACGGCCCGCCCCGCUGCCAGGACGAGAGAGUGGUGCUGGCUCUGGCCGUGGCACUCGGAGCGCUGUGCCAGGCCACGCGCAAGGUGCGGACCGUGCUCUGGUGCGCCUUCCAGAUGACCCUGCCCAAAGCCUCGGCUGCGAAACGGGCCCGGGACAGAGUCCCCCAGGAGCUGGCAGCGAGCGAGGAGAAGCGACUGGAGAGCGGCCCGGGCGCGGCGCCGGCCCCGCGGGGGCUGAGGGAGGUGGGCGCAGAGGGAGCCCCCGCCCCCUGCACAGACCUGCUGCGCGCUGUGUACGACAGAGGGGACGCCAGCGCCUCCUAA